ACCGCACAUGCGCACAGCGUAUUGCACUGCACUGCGAUGUCAAGCUUCCAAACAAAAACUAAUUUCGCUUAAAAAUUAAAACUUGUAGUUGCUUUUAGUGAUUUUAGCUCGAAUAUGAAUUCGGUCCGCCUGAAUCAACAAGUGCGUUCGGACUUCGAUGAGUUGCUUGCUCCAUUCCAACAAACUGACUCCGUCCGCUUUGAGGUUUUCUCCAAAAUAUGGAGGGAAAAGAAGUUGGGACAAAUAUUUUACGGUACCGUCGGGUGUGAAAAGCGAGCAUUCAGUCGACUGGUGUUGGACAUGGCCAUCGGCUACUUCAUGCCUCCUUUCAGCUUCCAGAUCCGAGUGGGAGGACUUUACCUGAUAUACAGUCUUUACCACUGCCAGACUGCCUCGCCACCCGUCAGGAUCCGAAUGGCGCUGAAGGAUUGGGACUACGUGCUGAGCUUCGAGAAGGACGCAUUAGGAUCUCAACAUCUGGAUGCCAUCUUCAUCCUUCGACAGCUGGUCUUCUGUAAAGCCUUCUACUUCACCGCCAUGCCUACUUUGCUGACGUUUAAGAAGACCAAGAAGGGAAUGCGAACUCGGAUGUCUAACAAGUUUAUAGCCAGAGCGUGUGGCCCACAAGAGCUUAUCGACAGAGACGCCAUGGAGGAGCUGUCCAACGUCCACAAUCUGUACUGCAAGCUCAAGUCGUCCGUCUACACCGUGGAGGAGGGGAAGCGCCUGGGGAUAAACCUGACCCGCCAAAAUAUGCUCGCGCAGCUGCGAGGAUAUGUCCUGAGUUACCACAACUGGCAGAGGAGGAAACAAGAGGAAGAGAGCGAGCACGAAGAAAACGAUGACUGCGGCGAGGGAACUUCUUCACAAACAGAGAGUUCCCAAAGAGCUCGACUUCUGUCGUCCAUCAAGUCCAAAGCGUACGGAGAAGCAACUGAGGCUCCCAAGUCACGUCGCCAUCGACAGGUUGAAGUAGAUGCCAGCGAUCUGUUGGGCCCUGCUUCUCCAAAAAGACCCGCCAGGUCAGCCAAAGCGUCCCUCAAAGCAAGAACUCAAGAGAACCUUUGUAUCACGGGCCACUUGAAAAACGAAGUGUCCACAACCACUCGAAUCCAUCGUCUUGUCACCCUGCAGCGCUGCAAAAUUGAAGGAAAAAAAGAAGAAAAAUAACAAAAUGACAUGGCCGACCACUUAAUUGGAAUUUUAAAUGACAUUGUAAAUUGGACAAAGAACGAAAACAGGAAGUAUCUCAGCUCAACCGAGUUUGUGCUGAAGGUUGAACUGAAGUUUAAUAUGGGUCAAUACUAGGCUCUAAUUGGCCGUUGGUGAGAUCUGGAUGGGCAAGCGAUUACAAUACAAGAUGUUUUGUCAAUUUGCCAAAAACGGCCUAAAAAUUGGGGGGGGGGAAGAAAACUGCUUGGUUCAUAUAUUCUGCAUACUUUUAAGUUUUUAUUAUCAUUUUUAUUAUUUUUAAGUGCUCCAUGUGUCCACUACCGACAGAGUGACCUUAAACUUAUAUGACGAUUCUUCCCUAAUGCGCCUCAGCAUGCUACUGUCUACCUUGUUGAAUGCAGCUGUUAUUCGAUUUCGACUAAAUAUUGAUGAAAUGAAAGAUUAAAAUUUUUAAAUUGUUAUUAUGGAAAAAUCCACAAAGGGUCCACUAAGGGUACAUUGUCUACAAAUAUGAAAUUAACAACAGUUUUCCAAAGAGCAACGGUAUGAAAUUCAUUUCGAAUUUUGACACACAUGCUUGCUUGAUGUUGUACAUGCCAAAAAAGGUGAGAUCAUUCAGGUGGCAAUAACUCAUUCACUGCCAGUGACAGCGAUGGAGAUCAAAUCCAUUUUAAAGGUCCUGGAUUAAUGUAAUAUUACAUGUAGAAAAUGGGAGUUGACAGUCAAAAAACACCUACUAUUUCAGCAAUUUUGGUGGUGAUGUCACAUCCAUAAUUAAUUAUUGAUCAUGCCUAGCUUUCUAGUGUUACCGUUAACUAUUGCAUAUUGACAGAAUGAACAAAGAAACACAUAUGAAAAUAUAAAGCUUAUGGAUAACAUGCUAGCUAAUAUGAGUUCAGCUAAAUAGGUAGUUUAAUUUAGAUUGUCUUCCCAUAUGUUGUAAGGAUAGGAUUGACCCUGCCUUUAACAAGUCAAUUAUUUUCACAAUGAUCAGACUUACAUUUAUCCCUUCUCACUUGCUGAAUGCGACAGUCCAUUUUUUUUCCUCAAACGCAGGCUUGAUUGGCUGAUGACUUGACCCCCCCACCCCACCACCACCACACACACACAAACACAUAUUAAGAGCCCUGACAGAAAUGGAACAUGUCGACAACAACCCGCCUCCUACGCCCCUUUCAAAGAGGAGAGAUAUUAGAUUUUUUUUUUUCCGGCCAGCAGCAGCCACUGCAGCUAAUGUAAAAUGGUGGAAGUGGGGAACACACUACUAAUUUUGCUACUGAAAAUCCAACCUGCAUCAGAGUUAGUUUAACAUUUAACUGUGUGAAUUUUUCUAACCGGCAAAACUUGAGUAGGAAGCUACUCAGAAGUGUCCUCCUGUAUGUGUUUUCUACUGAUAAAGUUAAUUAAACCGUGAGAAAUGUAGUGAACCGAGUUAUACCUCCUCCCGAUUUUUAUUUUAUUUGUGAGGUCUUAGAGCAGCCAAAAGGAGCUUUCAUUUUUUGGAGUUUGGCUGUGCUUGUGGACAAAAGCAGUAGUGUUUUACCUGAAGGAAGGCUUCAUUUUUAUUUAUUUUUUGUUAUUCCCUACGUUUUUUUCAGUUAUAUAAAUAUUUUUUCAUACAGACAAUGUUGAGUGGCAAAUGGCUAUGUUUUGCAUUUCUGGAUAGUUAAGAGAUUAUUAACAUGUUUGUAUUUGUUGUAUAUGUUAAUGUAAUUUAUGUUCAAAUAUUGCAAUUACAAUUUGCUAAUAAAAUCCAGACAGAAAUCUUUCUUUAGUAGUUUUUGAAAACAAAGGUUUGAAUCGAACUGUGUAUCACCUGAACCAAUAUACAGUAUAUGAAAGUAUAA